AUGCAGACAACACACAAGACGUACCUGAACAUGAACGACAUGAAAGUGGUUGCACGCUACUUUGAGAGUCUUGCCGACUUUGUGACACUUGGGAAGGUGUGUCCAUAUUACCGCCACGUGAUGACUGAAAUUGAAAGCAACCCAUUUCCAAUUGACAGAAAGACACUCAAGGCAUUUCCAGCACUCACCACACUCAACAUAUGGAACACUUACGAUGAGCACUUUGGCAACAGCCCAUUCGCACCACGCGAUGGCAUUGCUGAUUGUGCACAAAAGAAGGAGGUGUUCAGUCUCAAGAAGAUCUUCUUUCCACAAGAAUACAAGAGAGAGACAAGCAAAGUGGAUUUCAGCAAGAUACGUGUGUAUUAUGAAGUCGAUUACACAACGUACAGAAGAAAUUGCGAUGAAGAUGCAAAAUACGAAUAUCACAAUGUGGUGUUGGAGAAGGAUGAUGUUGUCAUUUGUGAUGAGACAAUACCAGAUGUGGUGAGAGCUGUGAAGUCACACUGUUUUGAGAACAACACGACAUUGCGGAGUGUUGUUGUUCCUUUGAAAGUGACAUCACUUGAUCAACACGUGUUUAGUGGAUGUUCCAAUUUGAGUGCAAUUUCUCUUCCAAAUGCGUUGUGUGACAUUUCAACAAGUUGUUUUCAGAAUUGUGUGAGACUUGAAGAGAUCAACAUCCCACCACUGGUGACAUCAAUUGAUGCAAAUGCGUUUGACAGUUGCAGUCGCAUCACACACAUAUCACUUCCAAGUGCAGUUUCGUUCUUGAAUGGGUCAACUUUUGCAAAUUGUGUUUCACUGUGUGCCAUCGACAUCAGUGGAGUUGUUGCGUUGGGUGAGAAGUGUUUCUACAACUGCAGAAGUUUGUCAGAUGUGCGUGUUGCUGUCUUGACGCGUGUUGAAAACAAGUGCUUUUGUGGGUGUGAGAAGUUGAGUGUGUUGUGCAAGUUGGCAGAGCAGCAGUCUCUCAAAGCAUCGACAUUUGAGGGAUGCAGUCUGCUGACAUCAAUCGAGUUGUGUGGCAAUUUCAGCACAAUUGAAGGGUAUAAAACUGGUGAGCGUACCGAUAUAAUGGGCGUACUCUUUUAUUGGGCGUACUCGUUAUAUAAAAAGUAA